CGGAAUGAUACUGAGUUGAAGCCUUAUCACUAAAGGCUCAACCAAUCAAAAUGAAGAAGACAUUCCAAUGAAUCCAUUUCCCGCCAUUUUGAAUUGGAGGCCGAAACCUGGGGUAGAUGAUGACAGACUGGUUCCAUGAGUUAUAAUGGAGAAGUAGAACUCUUUGUGACUCCUGCCAGGCCAGAUGGGAAUUGAGCAAUGAUGAGUACUAAAAGACAAGCUCCUGACCAUGACCAGCCUAGCCACCAUGGCCGGGGCGGUCAGCUGCGGAAGAGAGGCCGGACAGCUCUCCCUGCCGACGACAACGUGGAAAUCAUCAAUGUUGAUGAUGAUGAAGAGGAGGAAGACUGGCUCAAUAUGACGAUGUCCAAGCAUACUCAUAACCAGUCAAUGAAUGAUGACCGCAAGCUGAAAACCUACAGCGCUCGAGGUGCCCGGGCAGAACGCAGGCAGAAUAAACAAAAUCAGCAGGAAGAACUGAUCCCUGAAGAUGAACUGAUGUUUGACAGCCAGCUUCAGAAAGCCUUGGCACUGAGUAAACAGGAGGCUGAGAAGAGCACAUUCCAGCAGCAAGCUGAGGAGGAGGAACUACAGAAGAUACUGGAACAGUCCAAGGUGGAGACUGGGACACCUGUCAGAGCUGCCCGGGUGGAGACAGCUGCAGGUGGACAUCUCAGCCCACACCUGGUGGACACAGCUGCACCUGUCAGCCCUGCCCAGAUAGAUACACCUGUCAGACCAUCACAGUUUGCACCUGUGAAACCAAUCCAGGUGGAGAAGGGUACACCUGUCAGAGCUGCCAAGGUGGAUGGAGCUGCACCUGUCAGCCUAGCUCAGACAGAGACACCUGUCAAACCAAACCAGGUAGAGAAAGAUGCACCUGUCAAACCAAUCCAGAUGGAGAAGGGUGCACCUGUUAAACCAAUCCAGAUAGAAAAGGGUGCACCUGUAAAGACAUGUACAUCUGCCGGACCUGCACAGGUGGUAAAAGGUGUACCUGUUGAACCAGCCCAGGCAGAGACAGCUGCAAUCACACCUGCAAAACCAGCCAAGAUGGAGACAGGUGCAUCAAUAGGUAUGAAAUCAGCCCAGGUGGAGACAGCUGCAGGUGCAAAAAUCAGACAAGCCAAGACAGAGACAGCUGCAGGUGCAAAUGUCAGACAAGCCAAGAUUAAGACAGCUGCAGGUGCAAGUGUAAGCCAAGGUCAGGUGAAGACAAAGAUUGAGACAGCUGCAGGUGCAAACGUCAGACAAACACAGAUGAAGACAGCUGCAGGUGCAAAUGUCAGACAAGCCAAGGUGAAGACAGCUGAAGAUGAAAAUGUCAGGCUAGAAAAUGGUACAGCUGUCCAACCAGCCCAGUUGAAGACAGGUGCAGACAUCAGGUGCAACUCACACAUACAUGGAGAGAUGAACGGGACAAAGAAACAACAGCAGGGAAGAGCAGAGGAGGAGAAAGGAAAGAAACAUCAAGCCAAGGUGAAAAGAAGAAGACAAAUUUGUCUGGAUCAUAUGGAAUGUGGUGAUGGGGAAAGGUGGCUUAAGAAGAGGCGGGUUGUCUACCACCAUGGCAAUUUUGUCCGGAGACCAGGAGUCGACACCGCCAAACAGACAAACUACAUCAUAAAGUGCCUGGAAAACUACAGACUGAAACUACACCAGGCACAGAGGCGACAACUCACCAAACUGGAGUGGGGAAAACCUUUGGUGGAAGAGGAUGACACAAAAACAAGAUCAAGAAGAAGGAAGGGAACUUGGACUGCAAUUUCUGCUCAAGCAGAUGUUGACAACUCCCAGCCUGCUGACAAAGACACCCAGAAUGGAACUUUGGGUGUUUUUGAAGAAGAUGACAAAGAUGGGAUUCUUGAUAUGUUUGGUUUUGAUACUGACACCCAAAAUGGAAUUGUAUCUUCUGCAUUGGGGUCACAAGGACAUAGCCAUGAUGUACAACCUGAAGAGAACACAGAAAACAUCGAGAAGAUAGAGGAUUUCGAAAGGCCUGAUUCAACUUCGUUUGAAAUCGACAUACUGGACAACCCAAGUCCUGAACACAAGCCUGUGACAAGGUCACUCAGAAGAAACACCAGCAGUCCUGUGGUUAUGGGUACAGAUACACCAGAUGCAGCUGAAAGUUUAGAGACAGAAGAAACAACCCAAGUCGGUAGUCCCCAGGACAAGAGUGAAGAGGAGAAGACUAGUCCAACCCAUCAUGGGGAGGAUGUUGUUACCAUGGCAGAGUCACAGGAAAUUUCAGUGCAGGAUGAGGAGGACCAGUCUGCCAGGAGAACACUCCGACCCAGAUCCACCAAGCAGCUGAAGAUAACAGACGUAGUUUUGACUGACGAGUCGGAAAAGUCAGACAAUGACAAUGAAGAUAGUGACUUCCUUCAACGGAUUGAGAGGAGAAGACAGAAUCUGAAGAGGCCUCCACUACACAGGCUGGGAAGGGGUUCUGCACCAGCCCUUAAACAGAAGAAGAUGGAUCAGGCAGUCAGAAAUGGUACUGGGGAAGGAUCCACCAGAACAGAAGCCAUCAGUGAACAAGUGAUGAAGUCCUGUUUAAUUUGUGGCAAAGAGGUGCCGGAGGAUGAACUUCAAGAACACAUCAAUAAUGAACUUGACAACAGUACAUGAGGACAAUGUUGAGGACCACCCUCUCACACCAUACCCACUGAUUGUGUACCAAGCAACUGUUUUGACAUUUCAGCUGGAAUCUGUCCUUCUUGUGUAUUUGUUGCUGGGACGGUAACUAGCCAAUCACAUCUGUUGAUGGUAUUUAACCAGCCAAUCACAUCUGUUCUUCUGCUGCAUUUGUCUCUAGGAAGGUGACCAGCCAAUCACAUCCCCUCUUCCUAAAUACACAUGUAUUACUAUGUGUUAGUCUAUGCUGAUACUGCUAACAUGUUACAUGAUGUGAGAUCAUAUCAGGGUAUAUAAAGAUGACUGUGUAGUACAUGUAUGUGUACUCUUGAAGAAUAUGGUUAUAAAAAAAGUUUAAAGUUGAUGCAAAGAUUUACAAAGUGCAAGAAGAGAGCAAUGUACACUAUACACUUUGAAGAUGCUAUAUUACUUGUUAGACUACAUCUAAGUAUAAAUGUGUCACAUGCAAAGUACACAACUGAAUUAUGCAUACUUGUGACAUAGAGAAAGACAUGUUUGUGCCAAGUUUAUCUCUGUUGCAAGUAACUAAACUGUAACACAUUUUUGCAUAGUCUGUUACUUUAAUUUAUGAAUGCAGUAAAUGUGGCACUGCUCUAAUUCUCAAAACCUUUCUUCAAAGAAAAAAAAUAUGUAGAAUCCUUACAUUUUGAGAAGGAUUAGAAGCCAUGAAGAUCUAAUUAAUUGUUAACUAUUGUUCAUAUAGGAACUUAACUUCUUACUUCUGUUUCUUCUAACCAAUAAAUUUAUAAAGUAUAAGUGCAAUGGAGUAUUAGUUCAAUUUAUCUGGAUAUGACUGUAUGUAUCUCCAGUUAAAUAAACUGUUGCAUUGUUCGAGUUGAA